AUGGGGGGCGGUCGCGUGCGGACGGUGGGCGGGCGGACGGCAAUUGCGGACGGCGGCACGACGUCUAGGGACCCGUCUUCCCGGCGGAGGGCGGUGCGCCGGGAGUUCGUGCGCACGGUAGCGGCGAUCGGCAGCCUCGGCGCAGGGCGUGGUGCCUGGCGCGCGCUCUCCGGCGCCCGGCCCAACUACGCCGCCGUCGUCGCGCUCUCCCUCGCUGCCGCGCUCCUCGCCCACCCCUUCUCCCUCGGCUCGCUCAUGUUCUCCGCGCUGGCCCUCGGCGCCGCCGUCGUCUGCGCGCACGGCGCGUUCCGCGUGCCGGAGGACCACUUCCCCGACGUGCCCGACCAGGCUGCCGGCAGCGGCAACCAGCAGGAUAAGGAUGAUGAUGGUGGAUCAUCGGCGGCGGUGCUGCUGCUGCUGCCUGACGACUUCCUCGCCGACGUCCUCCGCCGCCUCCCGCCUAGAAGCCUUGCCGCUUCACGCUGCGUCCGCAAGCAGUGGUGCUCCAUCAUCGACGCCCGACGCAUGCUCCGCGUCGACCUCCUCCCUCUCCAGCUCGACGGCUUCUUCGGCAACCCCAACGACUACGAACACCGCCCAUCUUUCUUCGCACCCCCAUCGACAAUGAGCCGAAUCAUCACCGCCGGCCGCCUCAGCGACUUCUUCGACACCUUCGGCUACAUGAGCAUCGCGGACCACUGUAAUGGUCUGCUUCUACAUGGACUUGGGCAACUGACGGUGGUCAACCCAGCCACACGACAAUGGGCCGCCUUGCCUGCCUUCCCAUCACCAUCAGCAUCAUCAUCAUCAUCAUCAGUUGUCGACGAUCAGCUGCUUCUAUCUGUCGGCAAUCAGCUGAUUGUCUACGAUCCCAUGGUGUCGCCGCAGCACUACGAGGUAUUUGUCAUCCCCAUUUUCUAUACAUAUACCACCAGCGACGGAGACGGAGACGGAGACGGCGACGGCGACGACGAAACCCAAACCCAACAUCUGGCAGCAGACUACUCAGCAGAUCAGUACUGGCCACCGUCGCCAUACACAAUACACGUCUUCUCCUCGAGGAAAUGGAUGUGGGAGGAGAGGUCCUUUGUCCGCCAAGGGGAUCCUGCCGGAACCAUCGCCGAUAUGCUAUCGUGCUCCGACAGCCGCAGCCUGGAAGAACAGGGCGUCUAUUUUCAGGAAGCACUCUAUGUGCGUUGUCGAAACGAUUCUGUAAUUAGAAUAAGCUUGUCAGGUGACAAUAAGUACCAGAUGAUUAAAUCACCUGUAUCAAGGACCGGAGUUGGUGAGUAUGAUCUCUCUUACUUGGGAAAAUCAGAAAAAGGGGUCUACUCUGCGCUACUUCAUGAGGGUGGUGAUAGUUGCCCACAAUGUCGAGCGGCCGCAUUUAGCCGCGUGUUUAAAGGCAUCAAAGAGAUGGGAAAGACUGGUUACAUAGUUGGGUGA